UAAAUUAAAAAUGAUAUCUUAAUCUAUUUAAGCUCUCAAAGUAUGAAGUGUAUAUCCACAGCAAUAAUUUAGUCAAAAUUAAUUAGUCAAUAGCAGUGUGUUUGAUUGAAAAAUUGCACCUAUAAAAAAAGAUAAGAGCUGCCAAGUUAAAAUCCAGAAAUGGAAAAACCGUCGCCACUCUUCAUCUUUCAAAUCAUCUUAAUAUUUCUUCUCACCCAAUCACUUCCUGCCACGUCAUCAAACUCUCCAAAACCCGUUACAUUUUCCGUCACCGAAUUCGGAGCAACCGGCGACGGCGUCCACUACGACACCGUUUCAAUCCAGUCAGCCAUCGACUCAUGUCCAUACUCCAUCCCCUGCCGCGUCACCUUCCCGGCGCCGGGUAAGUACCUGACAGCAACCGUAUUCCUUAGAUCCGGCGUGGUGCUGAACGUGGAAACCGGUGCCACCAUCUUCGGCGGUCCGAAACUUGAAGAUUAUCCGAAGGAAUCAUCGAGGUGGUAUGUGGUGUUGGCGGAGAACGCGACGGAUGUUGGAAUUGAAGGCGGCGGUGUGGUGGAUGGACAGGCGGAGAAAUUUGUAGUUAGAUAUAAUGAGAGGAAGAAUGUAAUGGUGAGCUGGAAUGAGACUGGGAGUUGUUUGGGUGAUGAAUGUAGACCUAGAUUAAUCGGUUUUCUUGGAUGCAAGAAUGUUAGAAUCUUCAAUAUUACACUCAAUCAACCUGCUUAUUGGUGCUUACACUUGGUACGAAGUGAAAACAUAUCAAUUCAUGAUAUUGCAAUUUAUGGAGACUUGAAUAUACCAAACAACGAUGGAAUUGACAUUGAGGACUCGAAUAACACAGUAAUCACUCGAUGCCACAUUGAUACAGGUGAUGAUGCAAUCUGUCCAAAAUCAUCCACUGGCCCUCUUUACAACUUAACUGUCACCGAUUGUUGGAUUCGAUCCAAAUCUUCUGCAAUCAAAUUUGGCAGUGCUAGUUGGUUUGAAUUUAAGCAUUUUGUCUUUGACAAUAUCACUAUUUUUGAUUCUCAUAGAGGGCUUGCGUUCCAGAUCCGUGAUGGAGGAAAUGUAAGUGACAUUGUCUUCUCAAACAUAAACAUAAGCACAAGAUACUAUGAUCCAUUAUGGUGGGGAAGAGCCGAGCCUAUCUAUGUCACAACUUGCCCAAGAGACAAAACCUCAAAAGAGGCUUCAAUCUCAAAUGUUCGCUUCAUCAACAUCACCGCAAAUUCUGAAAAUGGAAUCUUCCUCUCUGGUUCAAAGAGAGGAUUGUUGAGAAAUUUGAGUUUCAUCAACAUGAAUAUCACUUAUAGAAGGUUCACCAGUUAUGCCGGUGGAUUGUUUGACUAUAGGCCAGGAUGCCAAGAAUUGGUUAAACAUAAGACUGCUGGGAUUAUGAUGGAACACAUUGAAGGUCUUGAGGUUAGAAAUGUAGAAAUGAGAUGGGAAAAUAAUGAGCUAGAGCAGUGGAAUAAUCCUAUGGAGUUCAAAACGAAUACUGUGAAUAACAUCCAUUUUUCUAAUUUUAAUUCUGUUUUGUAUUCAAAUAGCAUAUCAAGUUCAUAACUUUUUGGUCUGCAUAGGAAAAAGGUUUACAUUGGUCGUUCAAAAGAGGGGAGAAGCAUUUGCUUUGUGCAUCCAGAAAAAAAUAUUGGGGAUCAUAUACUGUUUCAUUAUAUUAUCUGAUUGCAUUUUACCAUUCAAAGAUUUGUGACUGUAAGGCCUUCAAAUUGUUUAUAACAAUUUCUUGGUUAUGAUA